AUGAGCAAAAGGGGAAUAGAUCUUGGCCUUCAAAGGAUAAUUCUGAAUGCACCUGCUGCUGUUACUACUCAUACUUCCAUCGAGACUAAUUCGUUCAGUUGUGAUCCAAACUUUGUUGGAAGAGAUGAUGAUGUGCCUAAACUAGUUGACAUGCUCACCCAUAUUCCCCAAGACCAGACCUUUACCACCGCUGCUCUUGUCGGAAUGGGGGCUCGAUUCAGAUCACUUAUUUGGGUUCAUGUUUCUCAAUCUUUUGAUCCAAUCCGUCUUUUCAACAAAAUCUAUUCAACGUUGACUUCAAAUACUGGUGAUAGAGUUGAGAUCAAGGAAGUUAUCCUGAAAAAUCUUCAAGAAGCUCUCAAGUCUAAAACUUAUCUUCUUGUUCUUGAUGAUGUCUGUAACGAAGAUGUGUUGAAAUGGAAAGACUUUAUGAAUUCCGUGGAGGGAGUUACAUCUACCAAGGGAAAUUGCAUUAUCAUUACUACCAGGAAGGAAAAUGUUGCUUCAAUUGCUGAUCCAUUUCAUGUUCAUCCUUUAAAAGGCUUAUCUGACAAUGAUUGUUGGUCCAUAAUCAAAGCAAAUGCUUGUGAUGGAAAUGGAGAAGUUUCAUCAAGAUUUGAGAAUAUUGGAAGACAGAUUGCAACAAGAUGUCAGGGUUUGCCUUUAGCUACCAAUGUAGUAGGGGGUGUGCUUCGCCGAUGCAAGUCCGAACAAGAGUGGUGUUCCAUCAAAGAAAACUGGCUCUCGGACGAUGAAGGAGGCCAGGAAAUCGUGAAAGAGGAGCUGAUUGAACUGUGGAUGGCAGAAGGGUUUCUUCAACCAAGCCAAAGACAUGAUAUGGAGUUCAUGGGCGACAUGUUUUAUAAUGUGCUUCUACAGAACUCAUUGUUGCAAGUUGCAAAGAUAUAUUAUCUUGGAAGGGAAUAUUGUGUGAUGCAUAAUCUUGUGCAUGAUCUUGCAUCUUCCGGAAGAAGUUGCCAAGCAUUUGCGAACAUUACUCUUGGAAGGUGA